AAGCGAAGAACUAUUGUCGUUUCCACUUCCUGGUGUAUAUAAUGCUGUUCAUCGAGGAGGGCAUCACAUUCUGAGAUUCUUCUCCCUAAGAAGAUUGUUACGAACGGCUGCAACAUGCGGAACUACCUACUGGUGCUAUCCACAAUCAUUUGCCUCGCUGCGGCACAAGACCCCUUGACUCGUCUCCUUAGCUCAGUUAUUGGUGGUGGUGGCGGUGGGGGUGGUUUCGGUGGUGGUGGCGGAGGUAUUCUACCAGGAAGUGGAAUCAUCGGAGGUGGAGGCCCUCGAGGAAUUGGUGGAAUCGCCGCAGGUGGUGUACCACUGAGCACGAUUAUCGGUGCCGGACCCGGUGCCCAACCAGGUACUCAACCUGGUACUCAACCUGGUACUCAACCUGGUACUGAACCCGGUACUCAACCCGGUACCCAACCUGGUACCCAACCUGGUACUCAACCUGGUACCCAACCCGGUACUCAACCUGGUACUGAACCCGGUACUCAACCUGGUACUCAACCUGGUACCCAGCCUGGUACCCAACCCGGUACCCAACCUGGUACCCAACCCGGUACUCAACCCGGUACUCAGCCUGGUACCCAACCCGGUACUCAACCUGGUACUCAACCCGGUGGUGAACCCGCUGCGGAAUGAGGUGAAAGUGCCCAACCGUAGAGAUGAUAAAACUGUUGAAUUUUCCCAGUUUUCCAUCAUAUAACAACAAUCAUAUACUAGUGCGGUUUUUGCACCUAACAAUUGAUUACCAAAAUUAUGGAUUUUACCGUUUUCAAUAAACAUCAAGGUUUAUGACCUUUUGUAAAAGAC